UCCACACCUAAAUUGCUGAAGCUUGAAAGAAUGACGACCAUGGGCGAUCUUCCAGGCGAUUUGGUAGAGGAGAUACUCUCUAGGGUUCCGCUGACAUCUCUGAGGGCUAUACGAUCUACUUGCCAAAAGUGGAACUCUUUAUCGAAAAGUCAGAUUUGUGGUAGAAAAGCAACAGCAGCAGAGAAUAAGUUUCUGGGGUUUAUGAUGAAGGAUUCAAGGGUUUGUUCAAUGAAAUUUGAUCUCCAAGGAAUCAGAAACGACGACGGGGAGUUGGUUGAGCCAUCUAUAAAGCAAGUAAGUAAACUCGAUCAAAUCGAGGUCUCUCAAGUUUUUCACUGUGACGGUUUAGUCCUAUGCAUCAUUAAGGACAACACAGGGCUCUUGGUAUGGAACCCUUAUUUGGGGCAAACUAGGUGGAUCCAUCCGAGAAACAAUUACCAGAUAGAAGAUAGGUAUGCUCUUGGAUAUGAUAACAACCGUAACCACAAAAUAUUGAGGAUUUUCGAUUUGUAUCCAAGCAGCAACCGCGUUUUUGGGUACGAAGUCUACGAUUUUAGCUCUAAUUCAUGGAAGGUUCUUGAUGUCAUUCCUGAGUGGGAUAUACAGUCUCAUUUUCGUGGCGCGUCUUUGAAAGGGAAUGCUUAUUUUCCUGCGCAAAAGAAAGAAACAGUGGGAGGAAUAAAGACAAUAAAUAUUGAAGAUGUUCUACUUUGUUUCGAUUUUACAAGGGAGAGAUUUGGACCGCCUCUGCCACUGCCGUUUCACUCUUACAAUGCAGACUUUUUUGUGUCUCUAGCUUGUGUUAGGGAAGAGCAGCUCGCUGUGUUAUAUCAACGCUGGGGGGCAUUUGAGACAAUCGAGAUUUGUGUUACAAAUAAGAUUGAUCCCAAUACGGUUUCGUGGAGCAAGUUUUUGAUAACGUCCACUGGUUUUCCGGUUGACACUUUUUCUGGGAGCUUUUUCAUUGAUGAGGAGAAGAAAGUUGCUGUGGUUUUUGAUUUAGAUAGAUAUAAACCGACUGAGACCUGUCGCUACCAAAUAGUUUAUAUUAUUGGACAAGAUGAAUACUUCAAAUCUGUCAACAUGGGAGUUGCCCCAAAUAUCGCGAAGAACUCGUACCAAGCUUACUGUGUUCCACUUGUGUGCUCUUCUUCCUAUGUUCCAAGCUUAGUUCAACUACAAAUCAACAAACCGGGCAAAAGGAAAGAAAGUAACUAGUUCCAUUUACACUACUUUUUAUAUUUUUCUUGCAUCAUCUUCUUUUGUUUCAUUCCAUUGACUUUGAUGUUCUUUUGAACGAUCAUUAACUUGUGUUUUGCUAUUUAUCUGCUUAUAAAGAAGUGGGGGGUUUUGUGAUACAAUCAGCUCGGCCUUUAACUAAAAUCAUACUAGUUGUUUAGAUGUAGGAGUCCAUAUGGAAAUAGAUAGAUAAGUUAAGAGAAUCAUUUACUGCCUCUGUUUAU